AUGCACAGAGCGAGACGUGGGCACCAACCAUCAGUACCAAGUACAACAAGAGAAUGGGGUGCUAUGAUUAUCUCUGAAGAAUGGAGGCAGAGAUACGAGAAUACCAUUGGAAACCAAACUAGGUUUUAUCAAGGUGAAUUAGUUACUGAAGGUUUGUUAUAUGGCAUCAUGUUCUUCAAUACUGAAAUAGUGACAACACUGCGGCAAAAUGGUAUAAAUAUAUCAAAUGUAGCAGUAGAUGGUACUUUUCAAUGUCUACCCAAUCAUCCUACUGAUUUACGUCAACUACUUACUAGUUUCCCAGUGGCUUAUGCUUGUUUAACUCGUCACACACAAGCAGCAUAUGUGUGUGUUAUGCGGUACAUUUUUAGUCUUGAACUGCCCUAUUCCCAUGAAGUUCAAGUUAUUACCGAUUUUGAAACUGGUCUUCUUAACGCCAUAAGAACAGUUUUCCCUGAAUGGCAUCAAGUGGGUUGUUCUUUUCACUUCAAUCAGGCUGUAUUAAGACAUACACAUCAAAUUGGAUUGAGAAAUAUUAUAAGAACAAAUGUUACUAGUAGAAAUAUAGUUCGCUUGUUACUAGCUCUCCCAUAUCUACCUGCAAAUGGAAACGCAUAUUCCAAUGUCAGAGGCUUUACAAUAUCUGAUGGGCUGAUGAUGAUAAGGGCGAUUGCAAUACAGCAACAAGUCUUUGAAGAAUUACGACCAGUCUUCAAUUAUUUUGAUCGGUAUUGGAUGGGUGUGGUAGGUCCAGAAAGAUUUUCUGUUCACGGAUCAGAUCACCGGAAAAAUAACUUUGUUGAGUCAUUCCACGCAUAUUUGCUUGGGUACUUGGGAGUUCAUCCACCAUUAUGGACAUUUUAUGAUCUAAUCCGAGGUGUGGAGAAUAUAACAAGGUUGGAGCUGAGCCAAACACUAAAAGGCCAACAAUUUUGGAUUGGUCUGAAUAUAGUGUUAAGAACUCGUCCCUCUCAUGUACUUCAACCCGCCUCUCAACAAAAUAUGUUUGAUGUAUCUUUUAAUGAAGAAUCUGAAAAUAUAGAUAGUGAAGGAGAACCAGUGAUUGAGGGUAGAUAA